GCAGCCGCCGCCGCCACCACCACUCCCGCUCUCUCUGCUCCGCCGCCGCCGCCGCCGCCGCCGCCACAGGCUGAGUCUGCAGCCCCGAGAUCUCAGCCAUCAUGUCGAUAGAGAAGAUCUGGGCCCGGGAGAUUCUGGACUCCCGUGGGAAUCCCACGGUGGAGGUGGAUCUCCACACUGCCAAAGGUGUUUUCCGGGCUGCGGUGCCCAGUGGAGCCUCCACUGGUAUCUAUGAGGCCCUGGAGCUGAGGGAUGGGGACAAACAGCGUUACUUAGGCAAAGGUGUCCUGAAGGCAGUGGACCACAUUAACACCACCAUCGCUCCUGCCCUCAUCAGCUCAGGUCUCUCUGUGGUGGAGCAGGAGAAGCUGGACAACCUGAUGCUGGAGCUGGAUGGGACUGAGAACAAAUCCAAGUUUGGGGCCAAUGCCAUCCUGGGUGUGUCCCUGGCCGUGUGUAAGGCAGGGGCGGCCGAGAGGGAGUUGCCCCUAUAUCGCCACAUUGCUCAGCUGGCGGGAAACUCGGACCUCAUCCUGCCCGUGCCGGCCUUCAACGUGAUCAAUGGUGGCUCUCAUGCUGGGAAUAAGCUGGCCAUGCAGGAAUUUAUGAUCCUCCCAGUGGGCGCUGAGAGCUUUCGGGAUGCCAUGCGACUUGGGGCAGAGGUCUACCACACACUCAAGGGGGUCAUCAAGGACAAGUACGGCAAGGAUGCCACCAAUGUGGGAGAUGAAGGUGGCUUUGCCCCCAACAUCCUGGAGAACAGUGAGGCCUUGGAGCUGGUGAAGGAAGCCAUCGACAAGGCUGGCUACACAGAAAAGAUUGUCAUUGGCAUGGAUGUCGCUGCCUCGGAGUUUCAUCGCGAUGGCAAAUACGACUUGGACUUCAAGUCUCCUGCUGAUCCUUCCCGAUACAUCACUGGGGACCAGCUAGGGGCCCUCUACCAGGACUUUGUCAGGGACUAUCCUGUGGUCUCCAUUGAGGACCCCUUUGACCAGGAUGAUUGGGCUGCCUGGUCGAAGUUCACAGCCAAUGUAGGGAUCCAGAUUGUGGGUGAUGACCUGACAGUGACCAACCCAAAGCGUAUCGAGCGGGCAGUGGAGGAAGGGGCCUGCAACUGUCUGCUGCUCAAGGUCAACCAGAUUGGUUCAGUGACUGAAGCUAUCCAAGCGUGCAAGCUGGCCCAGGAGAAUGGCUGGGGGGUCAUGGUGAGUCAUCGCUCAGGAGAGACCGAGGACACAUUCAUCGCCGACCUGGUGGUGGGGCUGUGCACAGGCCAGAUCAAGACUGGAGCCCCAUGCCGUUCGGAGCGUCUGGCUAAGUACAACCAGCUCAUGAGAAUUGAAGAAGAGCUGGGGGACGAAGCCCGCUUCGCCGGACAUAAUUUCCGCAAUCCCAGCGUGCUGUGAUCCCUCUCCUUGCCCGGAGACUUGGAACCCCUCUCCCAUCCUCCCGGAACCUCUUUCUUCCUGUCCUGCUCUGUGACAUCUCACCCUGCCCCCCCCCCCCCCCCCCCCGCCGCCCCAGCCGACCUGCUGCGCUGUUCCUUGGCUUGUCCAGCCCCUGCUGUGUGCUCUCCCC